AUUUUUGAAUUAUUUCCUUUUUUUUUUUUUGACGCUCUUUUCUCGUCGACUUUGCGAGAAGUCCGUUGACAACAACAACAGCAACAACAACAACAACAACAACACACACACACCUCCCAUCUGGUGGUCUCGAGCGCGGUGAGAAAAUGGGCGCGGGCCAGUCUGCCGAAGGAGGCGCUGCCGCUGCGACCGAACCGCACGGCAUCAAGCGCACUCGCUCAAGCCGCAAGGACAAGAAGCCCAGCGGCAAGUCGCCCGAGAGCGAAAGCGAAGUCAUGCCCGGCUCGCUCAACGGCACCCUGCGCGGCGAAGACCCCGAGCUCAUGGCCUUCAUGUACGGCGACGCCGACUUUGACCCAAUGUCCGACUCGUUCGUUGCGGCCAAGCCUGCUCCUGCCCCGGAAGCGGAGGCUCCCAAGAACAGUAGCAACAAUAACAACAACAACAACAACAAGAACAACAAUCCACCCAAAGCUGCCGGAGGAGCUUCCGCUGCUGGGGGCAAUCUGUGGGGCGCGCCGAGCCAGGCGAGCUUGGCCAAAUGGGUGGACGACGACGAGAGUCUGUCGUCCUCCACGGGCUCGCCAGUGGCUGCUCGUGCGGGCAAUAACAACCUCAAGCUGCCUGCACAACCGUCCGAGUUCCGUGGCAGCGCGAAUUGGGGAGCAGUCGGGUUCACCGCGAUUGGCGAGACAGACUACAAACCGUCCUUCAACGACGAACCGCGUCCUCAGCCGUCACGGUCUGGCACCCUCCGUGGCUCUAUUCGCGCCAUGAAGGACUCCAAGGGCGCCGCUCGACUCACCGCCUUGUUUGCAAACACUCCCCGCGCCUCCAUGAUGUCGCCCACCAAGCCGGAAGAGGCCAACAACGCUGUCGCCGCCAGAAAGGCCCUCUCGCGCUUGUCCAUGGCCGGAGGCAGCAUUGAGGACCUGAGUGGCGACAUGACUGUGAGCACCAACGAUGGCCAACGAAGACCCGUCCAGCCCGGCGAGCUUGCAGACUUGGUCGGCAACGAGUUUGACUUUUUGGCCUCGGCAGAAUCGACCACCAGCAUGACAUCGGUGGGCAGCCCUUCCCUCGCCGGCGGCUCGCGCGCACCCACCAAGAGCUUUAGCUCGCUUGAUGACGGUCUGGAAGUCGACGCGUCCUUGGAAGCCGCGCUCGUUCGCCAGCUCGAGCAGCAAGAGCGCGAGCUGGCCGAAUUGAAGCGCCGACACUCGAAAAUGCUUCUUGACGCGCAACCAGCCAUGUCAGCGAACGACAACCUGUACGAAGUGCUUGGCAAGUCGGACGCUGGCGCCGCCACGACCAAGACUCACAUCGAGACCGUGGAGAAGAACGGUGAUCUGUAUGCUCUGAUCCAGCGCCCUGCUGGCAGCAAAGCUGCAGGGGCUCCCAUCACAGCGGCAGAGGCAAACUCUGCGAAUUUGCAGUUUGAGGGCAUUUAUGAGGCACCACCAGCGCCCUCUGGCCCGCCGCCGCCACCACCACCACCACCGCCGCCGCCGCCGCCACCGCCGCCGAUGCCCCCGGUGCUUGCUGCUCCUGCUACCACGCCACAGAAAAGCUCAGAGGAGAGCGAUACCAUCAUUGGCUUCACUCCCGCGGCUCCUACAGAAGCGCCAUUCUCCUUGCCCGACAACCUGCCCUCGCCAACCUCGGCUACUCCCUCGGUUAACGCUUCUCGUCGCCCUUCUGCGACAGGCAUCGUCCCCAUGAGCUUCGGGCCAGAUGCAGGCAAGUCUAAAAGCAUGCAAGAUUUGUCGUUGGACGAGCUUGUUGCUGGCGUUCUUGCCGAGCUUGAUACGCGCGAGGAUGCUCCUCCCAUUACUGCAGCAGCAGCAGCAGCAACAACAGCAGCAGUGACCGCCGGCGUUGCACAGGCUGGCCCACCACCACCGCCGCCGCCGCCGCCGCCACCACCACCGCCGCCGGCUCCAGUUUCUGCCGAAUCUGCUCCUCUGGCGCCCUCCGGCGCUCCGCCGCCGCCACCACCGCCUCCGCCUCCACCGCCGCCACCGGCUCCAGUUUCUGCCGAAUCUGCUCCUCCGGCGCCCUCCGGCGCUCCGCCGCCGCCACCACCGCCGCCACCACCGCCACCGCAGCCGCCAUCGGCACCAGUGGCAGUUCUUCCUGUCGUGGCUCCGACCGGCGCCGUUCCGGCUCCUCCUGCGUUCAUUCCACCACCGCCGCCAGCGCCGCCAGCGUCCGUGGGCGCUCCGCCACCUCCGCCGCCUGGCCCGCCACCACCGGCGCCCGUUGCAGCACCGCCGCCCGCACCUCCAUCAUUGCCCGUUGCGCCUGUGGCGCCGACUCCUCCGCCAGCCCCAGCCGGCCCGAAAGAGCCCGCGUUGCUUGUUGUUGAGGUGGACGACACUUUGCCCAAGCGCCGCAAGAAGCCCCAGUUCGCUGCGCCUCCAGUACCCACCAACGAGAUGCCAGCCAGCACCUUUUCAGAGAAUUUUGUGAUGCCCGACAAGCCGCCAACGCUCUCGCGUGGUUCUGGGCAGACUGCCGCUCGUGGAAUCAACAUUCCGACUCCCGCCGCAGCCCCAAAGGCACCUGCGCCGACAAAGUCACCUCCUUCUCGAAACGGUACCUUGCACGUUCGCGAGCGCACGAGCUCGUCGGCGUCCCAGGCUUCUCCUCGCAACGUUCCUGCUCAAAGUAUUGCCGUCAUGAUGACGCCAGCCGUCCCAGCCCCGCAGCCAGCUGUUCUGAAAAGCGUUUCUCGCGGGCCUUCGCCACCCGUCUCACCCACCGGCCCGUCAUCUCCAAACCCACCGCGUCCGUCACAGCAGGCCCCGAAGCCACCUUCUGCUCCACCCGCCCCUAUUGCCAACCAGCCCUUGUACCAGAAUGUCGCUGCUGCACAGCCCGCGCGUCAGACCAUUCCUCCGCAACCCUUGUACGAAAACGCUGCGGCCGCGAUGGCGCCUAAAGCGCCUCCCGCACCACCCGUCGCUCCGAAAGCAAAUCCCGCGCCUACGCAAAUCCCUCGGCCUGCGGGACACGCGCCAGCACCGCCUCCGCUCAAUCUCUCUCAAAUCUCCAACAUGAAAGGCCAGACGCAGCAGCCACCAGUACAAUCCCCGAGCCCGCGUGGUGCGCCCGCAGCGCCUCGCAAGUCUACCCCUCAGCCAGCCACUCCGUCCACGUUUGAUGACAUUGAGAACUUGCUCAACAGUCUGUCAAAGUAAAUGCUGGGACUUUUUUGAUUGUCUGGGUUGUGGGCAUUUUGUGAAUUCGCUUUUUUUUUUUUUUUGCUUUUAUGAUGUUUGUCUCUGUUGUCUCUGUUGUGUAUGCUCCAAAAGAAAAGAAAAAAAAAAACAAAUCUCUGAUCAAC